AAACUGCGUGAAGAGUCGUUGAAGAGGGUCAAGGAAGGUCGCAGAAGAAUCCUUGAACUGGCACAGCAGCUGAGAGGGGAAAAAAGGCUGGGCAGAACUCAUAGUGACCCGUCAGUGAAUAUUAAAAAAGAAGAUGAGAGCGGAAAAAGCACGAGGAAAACGAAGAGCACAGAAAGCGCCGUCACUGAUAGAACAUCCACAGCUACGACUUGGUCGACUGCCCCGACAACUGGUCAGCAACCUUCGUUUCAAGACCUGUCUGCCGCAACACAGAAAGCAGCGGAGCCUCCUGGGCGAGCAGUGAGUUUUCGUUUCCUUCGAGAAGUUGUGAUGCUUGGAGUUUCUAUUUUCGGAGAUGUUCUCUUCAAAGUGCGAAUUAGUAGUGAAUUCAGGCAUCCGGUUCCUCUGUUCCGAGCACUCCGAGGAAACCUUCAGUUAGUACCGUGA